UAAUUACAAAUAGUUAAUUUUACCAAAUAUUUUCAGAUGGUCAAAGUCAAAGUGUCAAACCAUUCAAACUCAGCCAAUGUCACACUGUCACCGUACCGUUCUGCAGCUCUCCUCUCCCUUAAACCUCCGGAAAACCCCCUCGAAAAUCCCUCUGCAUUUUCCUCUUUGAAACAGCAAAAAUGGCUGUUUCUCAUCUCCUUCGGCUCAGGUGUGCCUCGCAUAUCGCCAGAAUAGGAUCUGUACGGACGAGAAUGUUGUGCUCUUCGUUGGCCGCCUCUGAUGGAAGCAGCGAGAAGGAUCCACAGCCGAAGAAAUCUGAGCUUGCCAAGCAGCGAAAAACCGAAAUUGUGGAGUCGUUUGUUAGGAAAUAUAUGGAGGAAAAUCAAGGUAUGUUCCCCAAAACAAUUCACGUUCACAAGGAAGUGGGCGGUUCAUGGCAUAGCUUGAAGGGAAUGCUUGAGUUCAUAAAGGAGAAAUUGACAGGAAAAUCUGAAGAGCUAAAAUCCCCUGAUGAAGCUAAAGUUUCUGGCAAUAUUAUGUCACACGCGGUUGAUGAUAGUAGUGGCGAUGGAGCACAUAUUCACCAGCAUGCUGUCAAAGCAGAUGCCGAGUCUGUUCCUCACAAUGUUAACCUUCCUAUAAAUUCAGAACCAGAAGUUGGUACAAAGAUUGAAUCUGUUUCUGACAAUGUUAACCUUUCUAUAAAUUCAGAACCAGAAGUUGGUACAAAGAUAGCGUCACAGACUGUUCCAGGAUUUGUGCAACAACCGCAGAACUGUGACCCAUCAAGAAACGAUAGUAGUAAUCAGAAAACGGAAAACAAAGAUAUAUUCUCAGGAAUUAUAUCAGUCAUUAAGGAUAGGAAUUCAACAAGAUUGGAUGAAGCAUCACCUUCUAAUACUUUGGUUCCAAGUGAAGAAACUAAAGAUUUGCUAGACAGUUCUAUCACCAUAAUACUCAAAACAGAUAAACCAUCUUCUCUGCCUGAUAAUUCAACGAGUGAGGCCAGUUUCUUUGACAAGUCAACUGAACCUUUCCAUGAUGUUUCUGAGGAUGUGAGUUCUGAUAUAAAUGGAUUAAUUGGUUGCCUUAAGGCACUUCCUCAGGUGCCAAUUGAUAGGCCUAGGGAAACCAAGAUUUGUAACAAUGGCAGUGAAGAUCGGAGUGGCAGACCAGUAAUUACUCCAAGUUUUGAGAAGAAAGAAGGAAAUGCAUCUCCUUUACACCACCUCUUCAUGACGUUAAAGAAAAACUCUCCACAUUCUGAAGUUGUACAGCCUGUGAGAGAUAAGGGUAAUGUGAAUCAGCAGACCAGGAAUGGUGCAAAUUCGUUUGAGAAGGAAUCUGUUCAAAACAAAGUGUUGGUGAGGUUUUUGCCUAAAUUUGUUGAACAUAAAGACAUUGCUCAGGCCUUCAGUGAUAUUUCAAAGGUUUUGGUAUCCUCUCCAUCAAGUUCUUUCUAUGGUUCUGCCUACGUUUAUUUUAAGUCUGAGGAAGGAAUGAAAAAAGCUCUUGAAAGAACUGAUGUGCGAGUGAAAGGUUCUACAGUAACUGUAGAACCAGCAACUUCUACUCCAUUGAAGGGUGUGCGGAGGGCAUCCAUUCCAGAUUUGAUUGGUCUCCCUGAUGUCCCAGCUGCCUUAGUAAAGAAUCCUAAGCUGACAGUUAUGAUCACUGACAUAGCCCUUGAGACAAGGUUUCAUCAUAUCCAACACGCUUUUUCUUUCGGCAAAACCAAGAUCUCCCAAGUGCUCUUUGGUUCGUCCAAAAACGUUGCUUUUGUUGAGUUUGAGUCGCUUCUGCGCAGAAAUAGAGACACAACCGAUGUGCACUUCCAUAUUGCUGAAUGGCCAAACAUGGCAACAAUUUUGAAUAGGCUAAACGGAACUGAAAUAGGGGGUCAGCGGAUGAUUGCUCAACCGGCACCAGUGUACCCUCCAGAUGUUCUUGAAGCUCUAUGGAAUGAUGGGGAAGGGAGACAACAUUUGAGGAACACAUUCCACAAUCUGCUGAAAAACAUCAGUGGGAGCAGUCCAGUUGGUGCUGGAACAGAAGAGGUAAUAGAUGGUCUUUUUGAGGAUAGAGUGAGAAGCUAAUUGAAUUUCCUUUUAGCUCCUUGAGUAAAAACAUGGGAUUCCC